AUGUUGUUUGACAAAAACGCAUCGAUCCUAGCGAUCCUCUCAUCCACAGGCCCCGGCCUCUUCCAUCCGGAAUCUUCAACGGUCGCCAUCCUCAAUUACAUCAAAAACAUAUGCAAGGAAGGCUUCGUUGAUUCGGACACGGCACGCAAACUCCAAGCAAGCGCUGAGCUCAUCUCGAAAAUUGAGAGUGACGCUCCAAGCUCGGUUCUAGGCAUCAAUACAGAAAAGUCGUUUCUUCUCGCACACGCUUUUCCGCAACUAUUUACGGAUGCGCUAUGUCUUGUUACAGAUGGAGGGAUAGUCUUGGAAUAUUGGGGAGAGAAUCUAGAAGAGCAGGCUGUGGAUGACUAUAUGACCGCUAGAGAUGGGAGCUUUCCAGUAUUUGUGCGCGUGAAAUUGGACCAGAAGGGAAAAAAGCCCAUCUCUGAUCCCUCCAAACAUCUCUCUCGUCUACUACGGCCUUUGGGCUACAAAUGCGAGCUCGGCGAGGUUUCGAAACUAGAGGAAGGCAAUUCAAACAACCUGUCAAGACCUCUGUCCAGAUCCCUGCUUCCGAGCGGACUAUAUACCACUACGGAUCCAUACUACUGGUACUGUUCAUGUGAGGAGUUCCAUUCGGCGAUCGUAGAUAGUGUAUGCUGGGACCAUUCUGCGUCCACCCUCGCUGGAGAAUACGAGCUGUCGAGCAAUCUCGUAGUGAAAUUCCUAGAGAAUCUGCCGUGUCUGUUUGAUGAAAUGCUUCCGAUGUGUAAGCACUUGUUGGCGGUACUUCUAGCCGCUCUUAACUGGAGGGAUGUGCGCCAUCAUGUAGAGCGAUUUAGCGUUGAGUCCAGUGGAAAUUCUUUAGAUAAAACAUUGCCUUGA